GAAUCUCGUGCUCCGCGCAUCAUCCGAUCGAUUCGCUCGCCGCCGCCGCCGCAGCUGAUCGGUUGGUUGAUCGGCGGCGAGGAGGAGGAGGGGGAGGAUGUGGCGGCUGAGGGUGGCGGAGGGCGGGGGAGACCCGUGGCUGCGCACGAAGAACGGCCACGUGGGGCGCCAGGUCUGGGAGUUCGACCCCGCCGCGGACGACCCCGAGGAGCUCGCCGCCGUCGAGGACGCGCGCCGGGGGUUCGCCGCCCGCCGCCACGAGUUCAAGCACAGCGCCGACCUCCUCAUGCGCAUCCAGUUUGCUAAAGCAAACCCUCUUAAGCUGGACCUUCCAGCUAUCAAGCUAGAGGAGCAUGAAGCUGUUACAGGCGAAGCUGUAUUGUCCUCUUUGAAAAGGGCAAUUGCCCGUUAUUCUACUUUUCAAGCACAUGAUGGACACUGGCCUGGGGAUUAUGGUGGCCCCAUGUUCCUUAUGCCAGGAUUGAUUAUAACAUUGUACGUGAGUGGAGCACUGAACACUGCUUUGUCAUCUGAACAUCAGAAGGAGAUGCGACGGUAUCUCUACAAUCAUCAGAAUGAAGAUGGAGGAUGGGGUUUGCACAUUGAGGGCCACAGCACCAUGUUUGGCUCAGCCUUGACAUAUGUUUCGUUGAGAUUGCUUGGGGAGGGGCCAGAUAGCGGUGAUGGGGCUAUGGAGAAAGGCCGAAAAUGGAUUUUAGACCAUGGGGGAGCAACUUAUAUAACAUCAUGGGGCAAGUUUUGGCUUUCGGUACUUGGUGUAUUUGACUGGUCUGGCAACAACCCAGUGCCACCAGAAAUAUGGUUGCUGCCAUAUUGCCUGCCAAUUCAUCCAGGACGCAUGUGGUGUCAUUGCCGGAUGGUUUAUUUGCCUAUGUGCUACAUUUAUGGAAAGAGGUUUUCAGGACCAGUUACACCAAUUGUGUUGGAAUUAAGAAAGGAACUCUAUGAAGUACCCUACAGUGAAGUUGAUUGGGACAAGGCUCGCAAUCAAUGUGCUAAGGAAGAUCUGUACUAUCCACAUCCAUUCGUACAGGAUGUGUUAUGGGCCACUCUCCACAAAUUUGUUGAGCCAGUUAUGUUGCGUUGGCCUGGGAGCAAAUUGAGGGAGAAAGCCUUGGACACUGUCAUGCAGCAUAUUCAUUAUGAAGAUGAGAACACCCGAUAUAUCUGCAUUGGUCCAGUAAACAAGGUAUUAAAUAUGCUUGCUUGCUGGAUUGAAGAUCCAAACUCAGAGUCAUUCAAACUCCACAUCCCGAGAGUCCAUGAUUACCUGUGGAUUGCUGAAGAUGGCAUGAAAAUGCAGGGUUAUAAUGGAAGCCAGUUGUGGGACACAGCUUUCACAGUUCAAGCUAUAGUGGCUACAGGCCUCAUUGAAGAAUUUGGCCCUACUCUUAAGCUAGCACAUGACUACAUAAAGAAAACCCAGGUUAUUGAUGACUGCCCAGGAGAUCUUAGUCAAUGGUACCGCCACAUAUCUAAAGGUGCAUGGCCCUUUUCUACUGCUGAUCAUGGUUGGCCUAUAUCAGAUUGCACUGCAGAAGGACUUAAGGCCUCACUGUUGCUAUCGAAGAUUUCUCCAGAUAUCGUCGGUGAAGCAGUGGAAGUUAAUAGACUGUAUGAUUCUGUCAAUUGUCUGAUGUCAUACAUGAAUGAUAAUGGUGGUUUUGCAACAUAUGAACUCACAAGGUCUUAUGCAUGGCUGGAGCUUAUCAAUCCAGCUGAGACCUUUGGGGAUAUUGUGAUUGAUUAUCCGUAUGUGGAAUGUACUUCAGCAGCAAUUCAGGCCCUCACAGCAUUUAAAAAGCUCUACCCUGGGCACCGGAGGACUGAAAUAGAUAGCUGUAUCAGCAAAGCUGCUAGCUUUAUUGACAGUAUUCAAAAAAGUGAUGGUUCAUGGUAUGGUUCUUGGGCUGUUUGUUUUACCUAUGGCACAUGGUUUGGUGUGAAGGGGUUAGUUGCUGCUGGUAGGACAUUCAAAAGCAGUCCUGCAAUCAGAAAGGCAUGCGACUUUCUGUUAUCCAAAGAGCUUCCUUCUGGAGGCUGGGGAGAAAGCUAUUUGUCAUCUCAAGAUCAGGUUUACACCAAUCUCGAAGGGAAGCAAGUUCAUGCAGUGAAUACUGGUUGGGCUAUGCUGGCUCUAAUCGAUGCAGGACAGGCUGAGAGAGAUCCAAUGCCGCUGCAUCGAGGAGCGAAGGUUUUGAUCAACUUACAGGGGGAGGAUGGUGAAUUCCCUCAGCAAGAGAUCAUUGGUGUCUUCAACAAAAACUGCAUGAUCAGUUACUCCGAGUACAGAAACAUCUUCCCCAUCUGGGCCCUCGGGGAGUACCGUCGCCGAGUCUUGGCCGUAGAGAAGUAGUCAGCACGACAAAUGUGGAUUUGUAUCGGCGUCAAAUAAUGUCAGCUAGGUUCCUGUGAAUGUGAUGCUCCAAUAACGUGGGUGGCUAUAUGUAUUCCGUGUUAGUUGAUGAUUGCAGCGUAGUUAACUAGAGAUGCAUUUCAACA